GCCUUGCCUUGCUUGCAGGAGCACUUUCAUAUGAUCAAUCAUUGCGCUGCGGCGGGAGUUUGUGUUUGUAUGUGUCUGCGUGUUCUUCAUUUGAUGAAUCCGAUGCUUUUGCUUGAAGAUUAGUGGAAGCGUUGUAACGACCACGAUGUGCUUGCUGGACGUUUCCAGAAAGUUUAUUUAUUUAUUUUUUUGUUUCUCUGAUUUUGGUGGUUAUGUUUGAUUGGGUAAGAAUGCUGUGGGGAUGAAGGAUUGGUGGUGUCCUGUUUUGAAGUGAUGAAUUUGCUUCCUUGUUUCCUGCCCUUUGAUCUUUUAUUCAUCCUUAUGUGUUCUUCAAUGGCGGAAGUCGCUGUUGUGUUAGUUUGAAUAUUAAUGGGAUGUUUGAUAGGUUUUACAUUGUUGCUUUGGUUUUUUGGGCAGAAAUAUAGUGUGGUGAUGUGAAUGGGAAGUUGGAGGGAACAUCGAAUGAUGAUAUUUUUGUUAUGAAAAUUUUGGACGCCAUUAUUGAGGAUGGAUGAAGCUUCAUCAAGCUCCAACUCAUUGCCUCCAUUCCUUGCCAAAACAUAUGAGAUGGUGGAUGAGCCAUCCACAGAUUCUGUUGUAUCUUGGAGUGAGAAUAAUAGGAGUUUCAUUGUCUGGAAUCCUCCGGAAUUCGCCCGCGACUUCCUGCCCAGAUUCUUUAAGCACAACAAUUUCUCCAGCUUUAUAAGGCAGCUGAACACAUAUGGUUUCAGAAAAAUUGAUCCAGAGAGAUGGGAAUUUGCAAAUGAUGAUUUUGUUAGAGGUCAGCCUCACCUUUUGAAGAACAUCCACAGACGAAGGCCUGUUCAUAGUCACUCUACAUCUAAUCUGGCAUCAUUACCUCCCCUAACAGAGUUGGAGAGGAAACGAUAUUCGGAUGACAUCGAGAAGCUAAGGUAUGAAAAGAAGUCGCUACAUGAAGAAUUGCGCGGACACAAAGAGGAGCAACAAGGUCUUGAAUUGCAAGCAAGAGCUCUAACAGAUCGAGUGCAGAAUGUGGAACAUCGACAUGUGAAUAUGUUAUCCUCAUUGGUAAGCGCACUUCGCCAACCGGCUUUUUCUUUGGACUUCACAUCAUCUUUGCAACUGGAAGCUCAUGAUAGGAAGAGAAGAUUUCCGGGCAAUAGUUACAUACACGAUGAAACGAGCAUGGAUGACAAUCAGAGAGUUUCUCCCCGGAUUGCGAUAGAAAAAGAUGUGGAUGCUAAUUCACUUCUGACUUUCAGUAAGGAAUUGCUGGUGCAGCUAGAGUCUUCUCUGUUGUUUUGGGAGAAAAUAGCAUCUGAUGUCAGUGAAGAUUCACUACCACUUGAUUCAUCCAUGGAGUUAGAAGAGGCUACAAAAUGUGCACCCAGCCCCAGCAUAUGCUACCCUCCUAUAAAUCUUGAUGCCGGGAGCUGUAAUUCUGGGAUCGACAUGAACUCUGAACCACACACUGCCGCUGUUCUUGAGGUGCAACCCACUGAAGAACAAGCAGCAAACAGUGUUCGAACAGGGGUCAACGAUGUAUUUUGGGAACAAUUUCUUACUGAAAACCCUGGUUCAAAUUAUGAUUCCGGAGCCUUCUCAGACGAGAAAGAGCCCCCCGGCGAUAAUGGGGGGCGUUGGUGGAACAUGAAGAGUGUAAAUAACCUAGCGGAACAAUUGGGUCAUCUUACUCCAGCAGAGAAGACUUGAUCCUAAUAGGUAGUUUAAACACAUUUCAUGUUUGAUACCUUUUUUGUUGUAAAGUUAGUUUAUUUCCUGCUUGAUCUGGCUGUGGAUAGGAUUUACGACUACGCCGUGUUCAGGAACUUUUCACACUUGUAUACUAUAUUGUUUUAACACUUGUAUACUAUGUACUUCAAUACAAGAAUAAGACAUGAGCUUCAACCUUU